AAGGUCUUCCCUUCCUCCAUUUUCUCAACAACAAGAAGCUAAAUUGUCAGCAAAAACAACCCUUGAAGAAAAACAAAGUUAGAGAAAGAGAGUGAAGAAGAAGAAGAAGAAAAAGUCAAAGGGCAUUUAUUUUUAUUUGAAGGGAAGAGAUAAGAAGAAAGAUGGGAAGAGCUCCAUGCUGUGACAAAGCUAAUGUGAAGAAAGGUCCAUGGUCUCCUGAAGAAGAUGCUACUCUUAAGGCUUACAUUGAGAAAUAUGGCACUGGUGGUAAUUGGAUUGCACUUCCACAGAAAAUUGGGCUUAAAAGAUGUGGAAAAAGCUGUAGACUGAGGUGGUUGAACUACCUAAGACCUAAUAUCAAACAUGGUGGUUUUACCGAGGAGGAAGACAAUAUCAUUCUUAGCCUGUAUAUUAGUAUAGGCAGCAGGUGGUCAAUAAUAGCAGCACAAUUGCCAGGAAGAACUGACAACGACAUAAAAAACUAUUGGAACACAAGGCUAAAGAAGAAGCUACUUGGAAGAAAAAGGCAACAACAGCAACAAAAUGGGUGCAAGGAUGAAUUAAGCAGCUCAGCCUUAGAGAGACUUCAACUCCAUAUGCAACUUCAAAGCCAACAAGGGCUUCAAAACUCUCUUUCUCUCUUCAACAACCACCACACAAUAUUACCUAAAUUACACCCUCUUAUUCAAGACAAACUUAUCCAAAAUAACCUCCAUUCUCUUAAUUCACAAAUGAUCCAAUACCCUAACUAUAAUGGCCUUGAUUUCCUCGACCAUACUUCAUCGAAUCUCGUACACUUGCAGGAAGACCACACCAAGAACAACAACGAUAACAAUAACAAUAACAAUAACAGUAACAAAGGGAUCAUCAUUGUUAAUAAAGAGCAAGUUAUUGAAGAGUUGGAGAGUUCUAGCUUAAAUGGUUCAGCAUCAUCAGGGAGCUCAAAUCUUGUUAAUAACAAUAAUAGUAACGAUAACAAUAACAAUAACAAUAACAAUAACAAUAACGAAGUUAUGAAAAAUAGUAAUAUUGGUAAAUAUGUGGAUCUUAAGCCAGACGUGUAUACUACAGGAAUGCAGAGGGUUUUGAGCUUUCAAGCUGAGCUAAAUGAGCUUCUUGCAAGUGAUAAAGUGGGUAAUAUUGAAUUUGAGGGGAUUAAUAGUUGGUGGUCUAAUGAUUCUAGCUCAACUAUUUCUUGGGAUGCUUCAAAUGUUGUUCUUCAAUCUGAUAAUACUUCUACUAUGUUGUAUAAUCAAGAUUAUGCUUGAUUUUUAUUGUUUCUUUAUUUGUUGCUUGUAAUUAGAGAUUGUAGAAAUUGUGAAAGAUUAUGCUUAAUUAAUUUUUAGGAGGUCUAGGUUGUUUUGUGAGUUGCUUUACGGUUGAUGGGUAACAACUGAUGUUGGAUAUUCAUCACUUUUUGUAAAUUGUUAAAAGUAACUGUAAUAAUCUUUGUAUAAUAAAGUUUAUAUUAUU